AUGGGACUGCUGGGUGUUCUCACCUCCAUCAAGGACCGAGCAGAAAAGUUUCUGAACGAGAAGAACGUGGUGACGGAUUUUCUGGGGAAGGUGGAGGAAAAGACGGGGAUCAAGAAAAAGGUCCUGGCUGUGGGUGCCGUCUCACUGACUGGACUCUACCUGGUGUACGGAUAUGGUGCCUCACUUCUCUGCAAUCUUAUCGGCUUCGCCUAUCCGGCCUAUUACUCAAUCAAAGCCAUUGAAAGUCCGUGCAAAGAAGAUGACACAAAGUGGCUGACUUACUGGGUGGUGUACGGCGUCUUCAGCCUGGGAGAGUUCUUCUCUGAUAUUUUCCUCUACUGGUUCCCAUUUUAUUACGCCUUUAAGUGUUUGUUCCUGCUGUGGUGCAUGGCCCCAGUGUCUUGGAACGGCUCCCAGAUCAUUUACAACAAAGUGGUUCGUCCCGCCUUCCUUCGUCACGAGGCCGCAGUGGACAACAUGGUCAGUGAUCUCAGUGGGAAGGCCAUGAGCGCAGCUGAGAAUCUCACCAGAGAAGUUCUUUCAACGCUGGUGAAGAAUAAAGCUCUGGUGACGCCAGCACCGCCGGUCCCUCAGCCUGAAACUAAGAGUUUACCAAGUUCUUCCAUACAAGCACCAAAAGCUGCUCCGUCAGAGCUGAGAGAAAACGAUAAAAGACUUUUCCUGGGUUAACUAGUUUGUCACUUCGAUGACAUCGGAGAAGUGAGAGGAGGAAGCUCAGUGAGGAGGAAGAGGGGAGGAGUUUUCUCUUCAGGCUGCAGCAUUCCGACUGGAAGAACGCCUCACGCUGAAGAGACUGAUUCCUGUGUGUCGUAUUUCUCAGAUUCUCUUUGUUUAUUUGUGUUUGUGUGUUUUUAGAUGCGAGACUUGAUCAGCACGAGCUCAGAGUCACCUCACCGCUGAUUGGUAGCUGAAUGUUUCCCGUUUUCCACAACGGUCAAAUUAAACUCUGUCACUGAAGUUUUCCACAAGUUCCAACUUUGUGGAAACCAUGGCCAUAAUUUUCACUUUAGAAGUGUGUGUGUGUGUGUGUGUGUGGGGGGGGGGGGGGGGGGGGGAUCUUUACAGUAUGUUCUAAUGGGAAACAGGCUUCAACACAAACAGUUGUUUUCCACUUGGUCCUUGAGCUCAACCAAUGUCAGUUUAAUAUAGCGUAAUAUUGGGUUUGGAUGGUCAAAAGUGCAGGGGUCAACACUUGACUUUGGAAAUAGUCAAAAUUACGCCCAUGGUGGAAACACUCUAGAAAGUUCAAUUUCCUCUGAUGAAAAGUGAGCCGAGGCACCGAAAGCUGCUGAGAUGUUUUAUUUCACCUGCAGAAAUCUUGUUUUCUGAUAAACAAAGAUUCUGGGUAAUCCAACCGUCAUGAGUGUUUCAUUUCAACACAUAAGUGGUAAAUGGACUGUAUUUGAUAUAGCGCCUUCUAGAGUCCUGGAACCCCCCAAGGCGCUUUACAACACAAUCAGUCAUUCACCCAUUCACACACACAUUCACACACUGGUGGGGAUGAGCUACGAUGUAGCCACAGCUGCCCUGGGGCGCACUGACAGAGUCGAGGCUGCCGAGCACUGGCGCCACCGGUCCCUCCGACCACCACCAGCAGGCAACGUGGGUUAAGUGUCUUGCUCAAGGACACAACGACAGCAACAGACUGAGCGGGGCUCGAACCUGCAACCUUCCGAUUACGGGGCGAGCACUUAACUCCUGUGCCACCGUCGCCCCACACAUAAAUGAUUUUCCCUGUAAGGGUUUCUGUCUGAAGAGGACAUCGACUUAUUUUACUAUAAUAUUGUCCUCUGUGGCUGCACGGUGGUUAGAAGGUCCUGGGUUCACGCUCCGGCCUGGGGUCUUUCUGCAUGCAUGGCUUAAGUUAUAAAUGACCCGCACUUGUAUAGCGCCUCUCAGAAUAAGGACUCCACAGCACUUUACACUACAGUGUAUCAUUCAUCCAUUCACACACAUCUGGAGUCCAUUGGGCUGUAUUUGUAUAGCGCCUUCUGAGAGUUCUAAAAGCCCCCAAGGCGCUUCACAAUCAGUCAUGAGCUACGGUGUAGCCACAGCUGCCCUGGGGCACACUGACAAAGGCGAGGCUGCCGAGCACAGGCGCCACCGGUCCCUCCGACCACCACCAGCAGAAUUCUCGUUCUGGAGCCGGGAUCGAACCUGCAACCUUCCGAUUACUGGACAACCCGCUCAACCUGUUGAGCUACUGCUACUCGGGUUCUCUCCGGGUGUCCCGGCUUCAUCUCACAGUCUCUCUAAAUUGUCCUUAAGUGUGUGUGUAAGUGUGUGCGUGCGCCCCAGGGCAGCUGUGGCUACAUCGUAGCUCAUCACCAUUAGUGUGUGAAUGGAUGAAUGAUACACUGUAGUGUAAAGCGCUUUGGAGUCCUUACUCUGAAAGGCACUGUACAAGUGCAGGUCAUUUAUCAUUUGACUGCUGGAGAUAGGCAGCCGUGCCCCCGCGACCCUGCGUGGACACGCGGGUUCAUAUAAUGGAUGGAUUGUAUUCUGUUCAAAUAGUUUGAAGUAACACUAAACAGUUUCCUGCUCCUCUGCCCUACUGCAGCAGCCUGCUGUAGCUAGCGCUAACAGCACGCUAACAAUAACUUGAGCAAGCUCUGAUAUUAAAUAAGCCACAAAUUAAAAAAUUUACAUUGUUGGACAAAUAAUGUUUUUACUUAGAUGUCCAGUAGCAACAAGGCCAGGUCACCAUCAGUCCAUGAUUUCAUAGCCUCCUUCAGCUACCUCAAGUAGGGCUUAUGAUUAUGUCAUCAUCACUGACGCAGCCGCCAUGUUGGCAGCCUCCAAGUCCUUACUUGUUGCUUCUGACAACAGCGCGCUCAGUCUCGUUCACGCUACUCCAUUUAAUGUAUUAUGACUUUUACAUCUUUUGUGCGUUCUUGCUGUGUUUGUCUUCAAAUUCCAUUUUUGGUUAUUUUUUAAACACGGAUAAGGUUUUUUUUCUCCUUGCUGACGUUUCGUUUGCGGCUGCAAACUUCUCAGAGCUGACGCUGAUGGUGGCGUCACUUCCUACUCCGUUUAUCUGCGGGCAGCAGAGGACGUUGUCGCCCUCUGCUGCCCGCUCUCCGAUGAUGCAGUCCCAUGCACGAUCCAACACAGAACAACAGAAAUACAAAAGAUGGAUAAAGGAAGCUAUAGAGAUGAGGAAACGGUGAUAUGGGACGAUGAACAGAGACGAUGGGGUCUACACAUUGGAUCAAGGUCCUGGUUCUGGUCUAUAGGGCCUUACAUGGACAAGCACCAUCUUACAUUGGUGAUCUUCUUAGUCCCUACACCCCCAGCAGGUCCCUGAGGUCCAGUGAUCAAAGCCUACUGGUUGUGCAGCACCAGGCUAAAGGUCAAAGGUGACAGAUCAUCUGCUGCUGUGGCCCCCAGACUCUGGACCUCUCUCCCCCUGAGCCUGAGAUCAGUGGACUCAGUGGUCUCCUUUAAAAAGCAGCUGAAGACUCACUUGUCCAAGCUGGCUUUUGUAUGACCUUCUUCACCUCUCUCUCUUUAUUCUGCUCUCCCCACCUAUUCCACCUUCCUCAGGAUCCACUGGUUUCCCUCUUUCCUGUUCACUCUCUCUCUUUCUUAACAUUUUUUAAUCACAGUUGUCUGUUUUUGCUCAUUUUAAAUGUAUUUUAAACAUUUUCUAAAUGCUUUUUCAUAUUUUUACUUUUUUUUUGUUUUCGUGAAGCGCCUCGUGAUUUUUAUCUUGAGAGGCGCUAUAGAAAUGAUAUUUUCUUCUUCUUCAAUCCAAAGACGUGUUUAUCUGGUGUAAUCUCAGCUCCUCCAGCAGAGGGUGCUGCUGUUUUCAACUAAAAUCCACAGAAAAUAAACCAAAACUUUCUCUCACAUGUUCCUUUGUCGCUAUUAGCAUGCAUUUAUUUAAGCUUGGCUCUCUCGUUCUCUUCCACCUUAGGGGGUGUCACCCACCUUGACCUUGAGGCUUCCAGUCCAUACUCUGCACAGAUGUUCCUUGGUUGUGGCAUUCCAUGGAAGCUUUCCCUGCCAGCAUCUCACACCCUGCAGUUAUGUGGCGGACUGUCUCAGGGGCCUCUUUGCAUAACCUACACCUUGGGUCUUGUCUGGUGUGGUAGAUCUUGGCCUCUGUUGCUCUGUUCAGGGCCUGCUCCUGUGCAGCCAGUUAUCUGUCGGUGGUACAUCCCAUGUAGGGGUUAUUCCUCCCAUGAUGGUAUCUCCAGCAUCUCCUCCUCUGUUCACCAUUGUCUGAGACAUUCACUGAGCACGUCAUCUGUGGGAACCUUAUCCUUGAUGUACUUAUGGAUCUUGGAUGUUUCGUCCUGGACAGUGGUUCUCACACUCACUAGUCCUCAGCCACCUUCCUAACGGCAAUUGUACAGUAUCAGGGUGCUGGGUUUGGGAUGGAUCCCUCCAUGCAUGGCUAGGAGCUACUGUGUCUUAACAUCUGCGGUCUGCAUUUCUUCCUUUGGUCAGCUGGGUUUUUGGCUGUGGCUCCUUUCCUUCCAGCUUCAUCGAGGUUGCCAUUUGCUUGUGGGAUACUGAGGUACUUGUAGCUGUCCUCAACGUCUGCUAUUGUUCCUUCUUGGAGGGAGACCUCUUCUGAGUGGACCACCUUACCUUUCGUCACCGUCCGACCACACUUCUCAAGUCUGAAUGACAUUCCGAUAUCAGUGCUGUAGAUCUUCUUGGUAUGUGUGUGUGUGUGUGUGUGUGUGUGUGUGUGUGU